GUCGAGCACCAGAGGCGGCAAUAAAUUAUCUAGGAGAACGACGUUAUCGUGAUCGAUAAGCGUGUCAUCGUCGUCGUCGUUGGUGGGCGCGGAGGGAGAUUGAUUUUUUGGGACAGCAAAGGAAUGCCAGAGCUCGCUAUAUUGAUCUAACAUUUAUCUCACCCCUUACCAACGCCGGUUUACCCGCUGUGCGCGAAAUUCCUUCGGUCGGAGCAUCCCACAAUUGAGCUAUUUAAAGACUAGAGUGAACACAUUGCAGCGGAGUCAAAUUAUCUUUUGAUCGUUUACUUUUCUUCAUGAGACUUUAGAUUUUUUAUAGCGAAUCGAAAUUUUUAAUGAAUGAAAAUCGAUGAAAUGACGGGUUAAAUCGAAUCGAAAUUAGACAGAGACCAAUAUUUAAAACGCAUUCGUAUAAUUCAUACAGAUCCUCGAAAGCAUUGUCGAGCUAUACGGUCGAUCCGCUCUGCAGCAUGACCACGCAGCCGUUGAAGUUUCCGAAUCUCGUCGCGGGCCUGCCGAAGCAUCCUCCGUACUCCUCGCAGACCUCGGCCCUGUGCUCGAGAUUCACGCCCAACGAGUGGUUCCAGAAGCAAGUCAAGUUCUACAACGAAGCUGACUCGAAUCGCUAUUAUUCCGAGAGGAUGCGCAGCGACGCUGUAAAAUUAAUGAGGGAGGCCGAUCACAAGAUCCAGCACACUCAGCACGACACCGGGCGCCGAUUGGGCGAGAGAAUCAGCGACGUGACGUUCUGGCGCAACGAGAUCGCGUCCGAGCUGGAGAAGCAGGUGCAGGAGAUCGACCGACUGCAGGACUGCCGUACGACGCUGGAGAAAGCCGUGCAGGACAUCGAGAAUCCGCUUCACGUAGCCGAGGAGUGCUUGUACCACAGAGAAGCGAGGAAAGGAAUGGAACUGGUUCACGACGACCCCGAAAAGUCUCUGCUUCGCGAAGUUGAGCAUUUGAAAAGUGGCGAAAGACGAUUGGAACACUGUCUCGAUAGAGUUAAGGAUCAGCUCCGAAAUUGCAGAAUUUCGCAGAAUCAAUUAGAGCUCGAUCUUAAAAAUAAGGAAAGUGCGCUUGGUAUUGACCUUCACUGUUAUCAAAUCAAUAAUGCCAGUAGAGGUUUGCAGUACUAUUCGGGAAUUGAAAAAUAUGAUCCUUGCAUUUCGAAGCCUGAUACAUGGGCCGAAACAGCAAAUAGGAUCAUUCAAAAGUCGCAAUCAGAGAGAACUAAAUCAUGCCAACUUAGAGCAGAAGCAGAGACUUUGAUCAAUCGUGUGGCUCAGGAAAUGUGGGAUGCUUGGAACAGUAGUAAUAAUGCUCUUUCGCGAAGGUGUUCAGAGUUAUUGGAAGCAAAAAGUAAACUGCAGCAACAUUUGCAUAAGGUACAACAAGAAAUUUUUGACGUCGAAAAGAAUUUAGAAUUAAUGCGCAAAGCUAUAGCAGAUAAGAGCUAUGCAUUAAAAGUAGCUCACACUAGAUUAGAAGCAAGAACACAUCGUCCUGAUAUAGAAUUAUGCAGGGAUUAUGCAUACACGAGUCUCCAGAAAGAAAUUGAUGGCAUAUAUAAUCAGGUUGAAAAGAUGCAUAGAGCUUUAAAAGAUAUGGAGUGUCAACAUCAGCGGUUACUAAGAACUCGCAAUGCUCUUGAGCACGAUUUGGCUUUGAAAAUUGAUGCAUUAUACAUUGAUAAAGACAAAGUUUGUGGAUUGAGACGAGCAUACCCAGUGAAUGCCAUGUUUCGGUUUUAAUCUGUAUACAAAUUAGAGCACAUUCAAUAUUUACUGUUGAAUUUUAAAGAAAAUUACAAAUUUUAAUAUAGUUAAUUAUAAUUAUAGUAGUCAAAUAAAUACCAAAGUUUUAAAGCUUGUACUUGAAAAACACUCAAACCUUAAGUAAUACAAAAACUAUAAAAAUAAUUUA